UGCGGAUGCCCAAAUUUGGCAAGUAUGACAAAAAAGCUCAAGGGAGACGGACUUGUAAGCGGCAGAAAGGUUUUAACUGCACAUCGCUUUGCUUCAUCCGAGUCAUCUUGCCCUUUGCCAUGGUGAUAUCUAUUGCCCAAGUAUGGCUGUUUGUGCGAUGUUCAAUACCAACCGGUCUCUUUUAUUUUUUUACCAACCCUGAUAAGGGAGUGUCGAAGCGACUAUUGAUUGUGCUUCUCAUUCUGGAAAUGCUUAUGCCACUGACCAGCGAUGAGCAUGUCGUUUUAUUGGACAAGGCCUUGGUGGCAAUCAAAGCGGUCGUGAUGAGUGCAUGUAUGGGAUUCUAUAUCCGAGAUCGUCGUCAAAAGUCGGCCGAUGGAAAACAAAUUGCCCCCUUUUACGAUGUCCUGGGACGCUGGAACGAAAACCCGCUCAAGUCUGUACCGUCCAAAGUGGACAGCAAGGAACAGUCAAUAAACAUCGAUACGAUCCGUCGAGAUUCACGCUUCUGGUUACUGAGGGCCGUGGUUUACAUGUUACUGUUUGUCCCGGCCAUGACUCUUUUUGACGGUUUCCUUCGUGUGUGUAUGGAACCGCCAGAGAUUCGAACCAAUGUAGGCUACAUCGAUAAGUUUGUUCAGCACACUGUCUCUCUACGCAGCUUAUACUAUCAUGCCGUCGUCGGAUUUACUUUACACCUUCACGUCGCUAUCGUGCCAGUGCUCCAGUUGCUAUUCACUGCUGUGCAUCUCUUUUUCCUCGCUCAAUUCGUUCCCAAUAACACUCCUCUCGCUCGAUAUCAUCAGCAACUGGCUCGGUUCGUUGCUCAGCCGCCCAUCUUUGAUAAACCGUGGCUGAGCCGAAACGUCCACGAACUAUGGUCCAGGCGCUGGCAUCAGAUUUUUCGGCCUGGCUUCAAACAGAUAGCCUAUCAGCCCGUCCGUGCUCUGUUUGGCAAGAAUCAGGUCCUCGGCGCCUUUGCUGGCACAGUGUCCGUAUUUCUUCUUUCCGGUUUAAUGCAUGAUUACAUCGUAUUGGUCAUGCUCGGCUACAAGAACUGGAAUCAGCCCGGCAUCUUGGGUUAUCAGACUAUUUUUUUCCUUCUUCAAGCAGUAGCCACCGUCGUCACAUCUCCAAAGUUUUCGUGGAUUCCAAUCUUCCCUGCUUCGGCAGCACGAUUAUUGACCGCUGCUUGGAUGGUUUUCACUGCCCCACUUUUUGUUGAGCCUUUUCUACGAUUAGGCCUUCAUCUGGAUGCGGAAGUGCCUGGUUUUCCUCGCACGCUUGAUCCUUACUUGGAUGUCAUUUGUCCUUACGGCGGACGCUCAUAAUAUUACUGCCUAUUCCUAAUUAUAUCUUUGUUUUCCCAUCUCUGGACCUAAUUAUCUAAAUAUCAAAAUACCUUGCAGGAGUACCCGUAUCAUAGUUCUUCUUCUAAUAAGAAAAUAAUAUAUAGAAAGUGUAUUUGUGGG